AUGCCUCAAGUUGCAGAGAACCUGAAGGCUUGGGAAGGCUCUUUCCCCGGAGAGUGGACUAAUUCUGAUACGACACCCGCCCAAAGAAAGGCUCACGUCGAGGUAUUGUUGGAAAGCCUAGAACAUCGUGAUGCAGAGAUCCGUUUUACAAACGCUCGGAGAUUUUCACUUUCGGAUGCGGAUGCAGCUCAUUACCAUAUCACGCCUGCCGAGAAAUCCGAUUUUCUUGAGGAAGUUACGACUGAGAUCUCGGUUUACCUUGGAAUGAUGUACCAUUUAAUUGAGGUUUUUAAGGAGCGCGAUGAUUUUGCUGACGAACUAAUGAGUAUGGACCCUCCUCUUCCUGUAUACCUCUUCAACGUCGUCUCUGGACUCAAAGAUAAAAGUGCCAAGGGUUAUCCGAUAAAGAAGCUGCUGUUAGUUUUGUGGAAAACCAUCCUAGCUUGUUGCGGUGGAGUUCGGGAAUUAGCACGUGCCAAAGUCGUCGCUCGCGAGUUAGCAAACCUGCCGCUGAUUCCAAAUGAAGCCAUACCAAUAAAGUGCUCGCCCGUUGAUAUUGAAACUUUCCGUCAAGAAACUUCGGUCAAAUAUCCCACGUUCACGCCUCUCCCACCACCUUCCCGGCCAGAUGCACCAGCCUCGAAACCCUCUUUGAUACUUCCCACGCCCAAGUUGGCGCAGGCAUAUUCUCCGAUUCCUGUUCGCCAUCAUUAUCACCACGACGACUCUGAAUCGCACCAUCAGAGUCUCCAGAACUCUCUGAAUCAACCAUUUCAUUCACAACAAGGUCAAGGUGGAUACCGAACAGGUCCCCAACCUCCCACGCCAGCACCCUCUCCCCCUCCCUCUCCCAAACCAAAGAAACAGCAAUAUCAGACAGAUCCGAACAGGCCGUUUUUGUUUCCCUUUUCACGGAGGAGCCGGUUUGGCAACAAAGAUGCUGGCUUGGUUCCAUUUGCAAUCGGCGAGGCAGACAAGUUAUACAACAGGCACAUGUAUGUGAGUCUGGCACUUUGGCAGAUGUGGCGGACCAGGGAAGAUUGUAUGACGGCGGAGAGCGGUUUGGAAGCUAUGCCCGAGCCCGGGGAGUCUGAUCCGUCUAAAGUUGUGCCUGAGGACUCUGAAACUGCGGAGCCGUUGCCAGAUAUUGCAAUGCUGGAUGUAAAAAUUGCUGACGCAACUGCUGCGGUCGCGGGUGCUCAGUCAAGCACGGAAGAGCGCAAAGCAAGGGAGAAGAAGGAAGACCUAAUGCGGUUAAGAAGGGUUGAACAGAUAUAUAGUGCCGUUUUACCUGUCUUGCCAGGCUGGGUUCUGGUGUUGUUGAAGCUCCUUUUGGCAACCGUUUCGGCUGGAACAAAUAUCCAACAAGCUCCACAGUCAUCUACGUCUUCAGUCUUUCCUCCAGGAGUUUCUUCGCCCCCAGAACAACCGCCUGCUCCGCCCCCUACCUUGGAUGACAUAGAUGUAACGCGCCAUCGCGAGAUUACAUCGAAGGCGGUUUCUGCUAUCCUUUUGCUGAUUUUGAAAUGGUUCAAAGCCUCGCAUGUGAUGAAGUUCCAUCACCUGGGACAGCUCCUGCUUGACACUAAUUGUUUACUAUUGAUUCUUAAAAUGUUUGGUUUGCAAGAAGUAUCAGUUUCUGUCGUAUCUAAAGCCGAUUCACCAGAUCACAACUUCUUCCGAUACUGUCAGAUUCAUCACGCCAAGGGGUUCAACCGUUUGCCAGAAGACAAGCCUCGUGCUCCUCUUCAUGUUGUAGUACAAACCAAGAAUUUGCCUAAUGGGCAGAAGCAUGAAGAGGAGGUAGAGAUGUUGACAGAUUUUUCGUGGCGUAACUUUUUUUCGACGAUUAAUUUCGCCAAAAUUAUGCAGAAAUUGUCUAAAGGUCGGUCACAUCGUAUUUGGAUGCUUGUUCAGUACAAGAGCUCGGCCGUCUUGAAACGAGUCCUCCGGGUGUCACACCCCAUGCUUCAGCUGCAUGUGCUGAAGCUUAUCAAGAGCCAAGUGCCCUUCUGUGGUCGGAAAUGGCGACAAUCCAACAUGAAAGUCAUCACAUCCAUCUAUCUGAAUUGUAGGCCAGACCUCCGUGACGAGUGGCUGACAGGCACGGAAGUCGAUGAUAUCUCCGAUGCGCAAUAUACUACUUUCAGGCCCAAGAGCAAGCGUUACGCCACUUACAAUAACAACAAGAGAUAUGGCCCGCAGGCAGUCAGCCAACACAACCAAGCCCACAAACGAUCCAUUAGCAUGACUCAUAAUUUAGAAGGACUUCCUCCUGGUCUCGAAUUAGGCAAUCUCAUUCGCCCUCUUGGCACUCCCAAUGUCGUGGAAGCAGAUGUGUUUCCGCCUGCCCGUUCUCAAGCGCCUGAUCCUGCUAUCUUUUUACCAUACACUACGGAGGAUAUUGCCUUUGAGGAAGAGUAUGAAGAGUACUUGUCCGACCUUGGAUGGUCCGAUGAGCAUACAGAUGGUCCAUUGUUCGGUGGUAUCUCGAACUCUGCCUGGCACAGACUUCCGGAGUUCAUUUCCAGCAUCACUGAUAACAUCAGUGACAGCGAAAGUGUUGUAUCUAUUGGUGAUCUUGCUGAUGACUCCCGCAUGGACGUCGGCAGAGAUGAUCGUGAUAUACCAGAUGAAAAUCUGAAUAACUGGGAGCACAUGAGUCCCAAAACUAUGGCGGCACUGCCCAAGUCACCUGCAGGUAAUAGGCGUUCUAGCUCAGGUGGAGGACUUCGCCCUGUCUUGCCCUUUGGGCUUGACGAUGGCAGCGCUCUUGAUCCUGAUGAGGAUGACGACGAAUCGGAGAUGGGACCUGUGCCACGAGAACAAUCCGGUCCAUUUGCAUCUGGUGGUGGAGUGGAUGAGGUAGAAUAUGUUUAUGGGUAA